AUGGGCUUCUCAUCUAGAAAAUACGUCGAUAUGAUAUACAAAGUAUCUGGGAAAUAUGGGAAUUGGAAUCCACCUCGCAGAGUAGAGGUAGGAGAUUGGGGAGAAAUAGACAAGGACACCGGGGACUUUAUUAGGGAAGGAAAUAUCUUCGACGAUCUUGAAUGUAAAACAGCACUAUCGGAACUAUCACGUGUAGAGUUGGUCAAGAACGGAAGCCCAGAGGGCGAGGUUCGCAUCAUCGCAGGUGAUACCGUGGAGGUCAAGACGAAUCUAUAUACCGAUGUUGGUGGCACAGGGGAACUCGGGAUUAGGGUUCAAGGCGAAUGGGAAUUCAAUCCUCGAAACCGGGCCGCGCUGUUGACCAUGAUCGAUCCUUACUCGUAUUACCUCGAAGUCGGAAUAGCCUUCCCAAAGCUUCGAGAAUUGCGAAAGCUGAAAGGAAAAGCGAUUGUUACUGAGGCCUUACAUUGCCCUGCCUAUGCCUUAUUAUUGACCGAAAAGGGAAAGGGUGGAAAGGCAUCUCUAUCCAUGUACACGGGACUUUCGGAGGCAGGAGUGGGGGUGGGCGCUGGAACGAAAGCAGGGUGGCGACACAGUAGCGAAUCUGGAAUGUGGAGAACGGCUUGUGAAUAUCGCACGGGAGAUGAAAAAGAUGCGGUAUAUACUCCUUUGUAUAAGCUCCAAAAGGUUUCAAUGGGUUGGCUAUCAACGGGUUGGCUACCGCGUUAUCGCGGUGCACCUGCCAAGGGAGGGGUGCCCGAGGAGCCUGUGGAUGAAGAAUACACCCCGCCUUGGGAGGAAUUGGAUGAGGAUGGAGAGGAAUUGGAUUACGAACUUGCGUCGCCAGAAUUUUAA